AUGAGGCUAUUCCUACAAGGAUCAGGACUAAGCACGCCAUGGUCUGUGACACUCUGUGGAAGUGAAUGUUGGACUCUGAAGAAGCAAGAUAGGAAGAAUACCAUUGGCACCUCUAUAGUGUUAAAGAGGUGGGUUUGUAGUCGGCUCCACGAGCUUUGUCGACAGUGGUUGAAGCCAAAACAUCACACCAAAGCGGAGAUCUUGGAUCUGGUGGUGCUGCAGCAAUUCCUGACGAUCUUGCCCCCAGAGAUCGAGAGUUGGGUGAAGCAGUGUGGCGCAGACACCAGCUCGCAGGCAGUGGCCCUAGCCGAAGGCUUUCUCCUGAGCCAAGAGGAGGACAGGAAGCAGGAAGAUCAGAAGAUCCAUGUCGGUGAAGUAGCUCCACAGUGGAUCUUAGAAGGAGACCACCAAGAAGAUACAUCACUGGAGGCUGAGACACAGCAGAGUGAAUCUAAAGGAGAGCCAAGCAAUCUGUUUUUUGAAGGAAUCGAAAGUGAAGUAGAGAGAGAAAAGAAAAUAACAAACUCUGAAUUGGACAGUGAGGCCCGUGAAGGGCAAAUAGAGAAAACAGCAGGCAAAAACGAGUGUGUGGUGUGUGGGAAGAUCUCCAGUUGCAAAUCCUCCUUUUAUCUCCACAUGGGAUCCCACUCAGGGGAAAAACCGUUCCAGUGCCAAGUGUGUGGCAAGAGCUUCAAGCGGAGAGAUAUCCUGAUUUCCCACCACCGAACUCACACCGGCGAGAAACCCUACGAAUGCUUCAAGUGCGGCAAGUGCUUCAGCGACAUCAAAUACCUCAGCUCCCAUAAAAGGAUCCACACGGGAGAAAAACCAUACAAAUGCAAGGAGUGCGGGAAAGGCUUCAGUCAGAGCGCCAGCCUCACUUCCCAUCUCCGGAUCCACACGGGGGAGAAGCCGUACCAAUGCCCGACCUGCAGGAAGGCGUUCGCUCAGCAGUCGAACCUCAACUCCCACCAGAUCAGUCACACCGGAGAGAAACCCUACGAAUGCCCGGAGUGCGGGAAGAGGUUCAGCCAUGGGGCAAGCCUCACCCACCAUCAGCAACUUCACACCGGGGAGAAGCCGUACGGAUGUCUCGAGUGCGGGAAGAGCUUCAGCAGUAGCAAAAAUCUCAUUUCCCAUCAAAGAAUCCACACCGGGGAGAAGCCGUACACUUGCUUGGAGUGCGGGAAGACCUUCAGCCAGAAGGUGUACCUCAUCACUCACGAAAGGAUCCACACGGGAGAGAAACCCUAUAAAUGCCUUGAAUGUGGGAAAUCCUUCACCAGCAGCAAAUACCUCCUUUCCCACCAGAAGAUUCACACCGGAGAGAAACCGUAUGCGUGCUUGGACUGCGGGAAGAGCUUUCGCCGGAAGUUGCAACUCGCCAUUCAUCGAAGGACUCACUGGAGAGUGGGGGUGCUAAAUUCUUACACCCCCUCCUCUAUUUUUCUCCAUAGCAAAAUGGCCUUGCAGGAGAGGCCAAACAUGGCCGAGCUGGAUCACAGAUCGGGGAAGAAAUCAGGGAAGAAGGAGAUCUGCCCAGUGGCCAAAACAAAUUAUCACCUCCGGGGUUCAAGCAGUGGAGAACCCGGGGUGCAGAAGGUCACGAUCAAGGACGUGCCCAGUUCUGAUGUCCGGCGAGAACAAUUCCGGCAGUUCGCCUAUCAGGAUGCGAAGGGUCCCCGAGAGGUUUGCAGCCAACUCCACGAUCUUUGCCACCAGUGGCUGAAGCCGGAGAGGCACUCCAAGGCUGAGAUGCUAGAUCUGGUGAUCCUCGAGCAGUUCCUGGCCGUCCUGCCCCCAGAGAUAAAGAACUGGGUGCGGGAAUGCAAGGCGGAGACCAGCUCCCAGGCGGUGGCCUUGGCCGAAGGCUUCCUGCUGAGUCAGGCGGAGGAGAAAAGGCAGCAGGACCGAGUUGUGACAGAACCCACCAACUUUCCCAGGGUAGGGAAAAAAACACAAGGGCCUCAUUUAAAGCCACCCAUAAGGCGGAUCAAGCAAGAAGUAGACAAAAUUGCCAUUCCAUUAGGGAACGAACCACAGCUGGCCACUGGAUGUAGCCCACCUUCUACACAGUUGGAUCAGGUGAUGCUUGAGGAAGUCUCUGUGACUUUUAGCGAGGAAGAGUGGGCGCUGCUGGAUCCCGACCAAAGAGCCCUGCACAGGGAUGUGAUGGCAGAGAACAGUGGCAUCACCUCCUCUUUGGGAUGUGACUGGCCAGAGAGUGAAAACAGAGAAAUCCAUGAGAUAUUGUUUGGGAAAAUUGGAAGCGAAGAGGAGGACAAGCAGAGACCAGACACCGAAGCUGGCAGAGUGAAGGAUGAAUCUCCGUGUUCUUACAACACCGAAUUCUACGAGCUUCCGGUCCGCGAAAAAAUAGAAGACGGGAUCGAAUGGAGCCAAUGCCUUCUGUGCGGCAAAGCCUUCGACUGCCAGUCGAGCCUGAUUGCUCACUGGGAGAGCCACACCACCAAGAAGCCCUACAAAUGCUUGGAAUGUGGGAAGAGCUUCAGCACCAGGCAGUACUUGGGCUGCCACCGGCGGGUCCAUACCGGGGAGAAGCCCUUCAAGUGCGCCAAGUGCGGGAAAAGCUUCAGCACCAGGCAAUACCUCUCCUGCCACCAGAGAAUCCACACCGGGGAGAAGCCCUUUAAGUGUUUGGAGUGCGGGGAGACCUUCUGCUGGGCCAAUUCCCUGACCUUGCACCAGAUCGUACACACGGGAGAGAAGCCAUUCAAGUGCCUGGUGUGCGGGAAAAGUUUCAGCCGAAGCACCAGCCUUUCUUCCCACCAGAGGAUCCACACUGGGGAGAAGCCAUACAAAUGUUUGGAGUGUGGCAAGAGGUUUAUCCACAACACCAGCCUCACUUACCACCAGCAGCACCACACCGGCGUGAAGCCCUACAAGUGUCCCGAGUGCGGCAAGAGGUUCAGCCACAGGACAAGCCUGACCUACCACCAGCGCAGUCACACCGGCGUGAAGCCGCACGGCUGCUUGGAGUGCGGGAAGAACUUCAGUACCCGCCAGUACCUCAUCUCCCACCAGAGGAUCCACACGGGAGAGAAACCGUAUAAGUGUGCCGAGUGUGGCAAGCGCUUCGUCCACAGCACCAGCCUCAGUUACCACCAGCGCCUUCACCGCGGGGAGGAGCCCUUCCAGUGUUCGGACUGUGGGAAAGGUUUCAUUACGCGCCAGUGCCUGACUUCGCAUCGCCGGAUCCACACGGGGGAAGAACCCUUCAAAUGCCUGGAGUGUGGGAAGACCUUCCGGAGACGCACGAGCCUUAUUUCCCACCAGACCAUCCACAUGGGAGAGAAGCCGUACAAAUGCCUGGAGUGCGGAAAGAGCUUCACGACAAGUAAAUACAUCCUGUCCCAUCAGAGGAUCCACACCGGAGAGAAGCCUUACAAAUGUCUGGAGUGCGGACAGACCUUUUGCUGGGCUAACUCCCUCACCUUGCACCAGAUCACGCACACGGGGGAGAAGCCCUUCAAAUGCAUGGAGUGCGGGAAGAGUUUCAGCCGAGGCACAAGCCUUACCUCACACCAGCGGAUCCAUACCGGCGAGAAGCCGUACAAAUGUUUGGUGUGUGGGAAGAACUUUAGCACCAACAGGUAUCUGACUUGCCACCAGCGGAUCCAUAUUGUGGAUAAAGCUUAUAAAUGCCUGGUGUGCGGGAAGAGCUUUAGCACCAGCAAAUACCUCAGCUGCCAUCAAAGAAUUCACACCGGGGAGAAGCCAUUUAAAUGCUUGGAAUGUGGAAAGAGCUUCUGCUGGGCGUAUUCCCUUACUUUACAUCAAAGAAUCCAUGCAGGUGAAGAUGGAUUUAAAUGCUAGGAGUAUGAAAAUUACUCUGGUUUUGGAAUUUUUUUUGGAGGGGACGGAAGGAUGAAGGAGCCCUUAUUGUGGAAGGAUUUUGGGGAGGAAAAACUAUAGAAAUCAUUGUGGAAAGAGGUUUGUGUACAACACGGACUCCAUUUCUUUGCAUUAGAUAUGAAUUUAUUUAUAUAUACAUAUAUGUGAUUGAUAUUUUUUUUUUGGUGUGUUGGCCCAAUGUGGUUGUCCAGUGUUUCCGAUGGCUUCUUUUGCCAGCCUCGCUUCUCAGAACUGGGAACUGGAUUUGAAUUCUCAGCUUGCGCUACAUCUAAGCGAUCAUCGGACCUUAAUUUGAAUUCUUGGAGCGAGAAAGAAAGGGCGUUAUUCUGUGCAGUGAUCUCGCUUCUCAAUGAGGACCAGAGACGCAAGAGGAUCUGUAGAAAUGCCUGGAGUUUUGCAGAAGUUUUUCAGUUGGAGAUGACGAUUCAAGGAUCCCCACUAGGAAUAUGCUAGAAUUUAGGAGGAGUGGUGCGGUGGCCUAAAGGUGGAGCUCUCACCUCUCAAUCGGGAGGCUGUGAAUUUGAUCCUAGUUAGAGGCAGAUAUUUCUCUCUCUGCUGAACAAAACUCCGCAACGGCAACAGGAAGUGCAUCCAGCCAUUAAACCCUGCUAGUGCCAUUCACUUGCCCAGACACCACCUUUGCAAGGGAUUAUGGGGUUAAAAGAGGAUGUUGCUAGGAAUUUAGGAUUGCUCAUCCAUAGUAUAUCAAGAUCCCUUGUGGGUUCGUAUCAAAUUGAACUUUUAAAGCUCUAUGAUUUUAAGAAUAGCUCAUCAUCAUCAACGUUGUCUUACCUAUUUCUAUAAGUAUCUUCUGAUCCUUGGCCACCAAGUCUCCCUCAGCUUACUAACCGAAAUGCUUGACUCUCCAGUUUUGAGAGUCCUUAAGUAAUGUGCCGCUUCUCAGUGCUUUACAGCCCUCUCUAAGCAGUUUAUAGACUCGGCCUAUUGCCCCCAAUAAUCCAGAUCCUCAUUUUACCGACCUCGGAAGGAUGGGAGGCUGGUGAGCUGAUGAAAAUCGAACUGCUGUCAGCUGGCAAUCAGCAGACGUAGCCGGCAGUACUGCAUUCUAAUCACUGCGCCACCACGGCUCAGUACCACCAAGUCUUCCAGCACGGAAUUUCAAGAAGACGAUACGGCUUCCAGCAAGCAGAAUCUGUUUGCCAGAGUCACGUUUACUCUCUUUCCUGCAGCAAAUGCAACAACAUUCAAGAUUGCCGGAGUGGAGGGGGAUAAUUUUGUGGGUGUUCCCAAUUCAUUCUUACUGUUUUGUUUUUUUUAAAUUAAGAGUUAUAUCCUGCCUUUCAUCCUGGAGCCUCCCUCACGGGGAGCUUAUCUCCCCAGCAAAAUUCUGCAAGCUAAACAGCUCAAAAUCAACCAUAAGAUUUCCACAACGGAAGGUGGAUUUAAACUCAGAUCUUUCCCUUCUGGUCUAAUCCCAAACAUUGCUCUAUUGUCAUAAGAAUCCAUAGAGGGGAGGAGGACGUGGGGGAGAGGGAGACACCUGUAGCUGUGUCCUAGUGUAAAUCUCAGCCCUGGCUUAAUUGUAUGUGGCAUCAACAUGCAGGUACCCAAGAAACUGGUGUGAUGAAAAUCAUCUGGUGGGUUUUGUGCUGGAGGGUAGAUUUGAACUCUGGUCUCUCCUGAAUAAUCUAAACCCAGAAUUGCCAGUAAGGCCUUCUUUGGAAGGGAUGGCGCAUCCUCGGACUGAUGUUUUGCAAUAGGGGCCCACAAUGCAUUGCAACCAUUCCAAAAUGUGACUGCUGGACCCCGAAAGAUUGGCCAUCCCUGCUUUAGCCUCUCUGGAUCUAGUUCUCCUCGUUCGUUUCCUCUUCCUCCAGGCUGACUUUGAAAACAUUUUGGGACUACUGUUGCCAAACCAAUGACUCGGAACAGGCCGAAUGGACCAUUCCUUUCUGGGGUUUCUCCUGGCUGUGUUUCCCACCCAUUGUUCUGACCAAGGCUUCCCAAGAGCAUGAAGCAAACUCCCUGUCCGGACAAAAACCCCUUUUAUUAAUUUA